AAAAUACAACCGACUCCUCGUCAUCGCUUUUAAAUGAGUAGCAGGACAUUUUUUCAAAAUUAAAUUAAUUUUAUUAAAAAAAAAAGUCUAGAUUGUAAAUCUGUUGAAGUAAACUGAAUAUACUGUAUCGAUGAGUCUCUUAUAUAUAUAUUAUAUAUAACCACUUCUACUCCUCCUCUUAAGUUUAAAAUAAUCAGUUCAGCUAAAACACUAACUAGAAUAAAAUUUGAAAGGUACGUCUUUUCAAUUCGAAAAAAUAGAAUGUAAUAACAAGUGCAAUUUGUAUCUAAAAGAAUGUAAUUGACUUCUACAUUUCAAUGUCAGAUUUGAAAGGUUAUAUACAAUUUAGCAAGGUACGUAAAUUUAGCAAGGUAAGAUUAAAAUUAAAUAAUUGGUGAUAGUAAACAUGAAAUAGAAACGUACCUAUAUUUUGGAGACUACGCCGCCCAAAUAGUUUAAUAUAAAAGCGGUUGUGGUAGUAUUAAGAAUUAGACAUACAGCUAGUUCAUAUGUAGAAAUCCUGCAUAUUACAUUACUUCAUUCCUGUUGCCCUAAGCUGAUAUUAGUUGGUUAGAUUUAGAAUAAUGAAUAUUAAUAUAUUAAAUAAUUGGAUUACGAACAUAGUUUAAAUAAUCGUUUAUAUAUAUAUAUAUAUAUAUAUAUACACAUAUAUUUUAAAGAUUAAAAAAUAUGUAUUUAAAUAAUUGGUUAUAGUAAAAUAUGAAAUAGAAACGUAUAGUCGAAUUUCCUGUUUACCAUGACACGCACGUAUAUUUUUGGGGGACUACUCCCAAAUAGUUUAAUAUAAAAUGGGUUGUGGUAGUAUUAAGAAUUAGACAAAGUUAAGCUUCACUUACGCAUAGACCGAUGACAUUGUUCUAUACUUAACAAUACAUCGAGCUUGCUUUUAUUAUAUUCAGUGAAUAAAUAACUUUAAUUUUAAAUUUCUUACACAUACGACAAAGUGGACUUCGUCGUUGAAUCGUGCUGAACCAUCUUCACCAAGACCGUUCACUACAACUAGAAGCCAGUAUAUUUUUUUUUCAAGCAUCUCCACGCUAACAGAAAUUCUCAUUAUGAACAGAAAUAUAAUAACAAAAAAACAGCGUAUGAACACGAUUGGAAGUGGACUUAUUGAAAUAGAAAGAUUUAGAAAAGGUUCAAAAACUUUCAUAAUUAAGAACUGUGAAAAUUAUAUAGAUUACAAAUUAUUUUUUAACUAUAUUUUACAUGAGUUAAUUUUAAAGUUAAGACAAUCGUGUAUUAAAACGUCGAUCAAAUUUAAUUUACACGUUGACGCUACUUACACACGUCCUAUAACACAUGAUAAACAAGAUGUGGCUUUUAAAACUUCGAAUGUUUUAGCAUGUAAUUCAUCCGAUUUCGCUAGUUUGUUAAACAUAAAGUUUGAUAAAAUAUUAGCUGAAGAAUCUGAAUUUAUUGCUAAAGGUUCAGGAUGGACACUUGUUUCAAUAGAUGGGUUACAGUUGAGAAUCAAUUUAGUAAAUCCAUUAAAAGGAGGUGCAUAUUUAGAUUUACCUAAAUUUAUACGAGAAAAAAAGGCUAUUAUAAACGUUAAAAAUAAAGAUAAAUACUGUUUUAAAUAUUCUAUACUAACCAAAUAUGAUAAGCGUUCUAAUAAAUCACGAUUUAACCAAAAAUAUUUUGAUUUUCUUGAAAAAAAGAGUGGGUUAGAUUUUAAAUGUAUUGAUUUCCCAACACCAAUAAAUCAAAUUAAAAAAUUUGAACGUUUAAAUAAUGUUUCAGUUAAUGUUUAUAGUUUAAAUAAUAAAGGUACUAUUUUCCCUCUAUUUAUAAAUAAUAAAGAAGAAAAAAAUCAUUUUGAUUUAUUUUUUGUCAAUAAUCAUAAAACAUCACAUUAUUGUUAUAUUAAAGAUUUUUCAAGAUUUAUUAGAAGUCAGAAAACUAAAAAUUGUUAUAAAUUAAUUAUUUGUAAGAGGUGUUUUACAACUUUUGGAAAUAAACCAUGUAAAAGUAAACUUUGGGGUGAAACAGGAUUAACUGAACAUAAAAAAUUUGUAGUAAGAAUAAAUUAG